GGAACAAUGCAUGCAAGUUUCGCCUCCCGUUGGCCCCCCAUCUUCUCCUUCUUGUCCAGAAGAAGCAAAGUGGAGCAAGUAGCAUGGAUUGAAGGAGGAUGGAACGAUCAUGGGAGGAGAAUGGAAGGAUGGCAGCUGUUUUGAAAGGCAAGGCUUCAGAAAAGGAGAUUCUUUGGCGCUAGCUUCCUGCUGAUGCUCCAGUGCGGCCUGCAUUUGUGAGCUGCCAAUUGCCAGAGUGGAGCCGAUGGUGUGAGCUCAAGCGGACUCCCACUGUUCAAAGCAUUUAUACUUGUAAAACCAGGGUUUCAUAAUUAGGUCCAGCUUCCUUCAAAGCAAGCUGUAACAUGUCUUUACCCCACUCUUGGAUUCCGAGACUUGAGGAACUAGGCACGGCGGUCAAAGGCGCCGCUUACCUUGUGGAGGCGGAGGGGGGUGAGCAAGGGCGGGCUGCAGGAAAAGCUGCGGUCGCCGUCAUCCGGGCGACCAACGCCAAGCUGGCGGCACUUGAAGAGGAGUGCCGGAAGUUUCAACGGCUAUAUGAGGACCUGAGCAAGGGCGUUCGAAGGUACGCAGAGGCUCAGAUGGAGGAGGCUGCAGCAGCGAGGCGCGCUGAUGAGGAGCACCGAGAGGAGAUGCAGUCCAUGGUGGCGGCGAUGGCGAUACUAAGAAAGGAACUAGAGCGGGCAGCAAAAGACAGUGCGGCAGUCAGGGCAGCGGCGGCAGAGGCCUCCACCGAAGCGAGAGUAAAAGCGGAAGCGGCCGAGAAGUAUCGCCAGCAGUACGAAGCGGAGCUCCAGCGGCGCCAGGAACUAGAGAUGGCGAACAUCAAGAUGGCGCGUGAGGCGCUGGCGGUGCCAGAGAAGCUCCGCGCAUUCGAGCGCGAGUGCGCGUCGCUGAAGCAGACGGUGGCGGUUUUGGAGGAGAAGUGCCGGCUGAAAGAGGCUACGUUCGUCGACGCUGACGAUAGGGCUGCGAAGCUUCAGAGCGAGCUGUUAGAAUGGCGAAAGAAGGGACUGGCCCUGGAGUUGAAGCUGAAGGAAGAGACGGAGGAGAAGCUGGUUGUGCAGCGACUCCUCGAACUAGAAAGGUCUCGAAAAGUCGCAAGGGACGGAAACGUGCGACGAGAGCUGAGUCCCGUGGCUGCCGCCGUCGGGCGACUCACGACCACUUCCGAGCGCCAAAAGGCGCCCGGCAACAAGCAGCCUUUCUCUCACCCCGGCCUGACGUCAGAGCAUUCUGCGGGCAAACUACGGGGAGCAUUCGAUGCCAACCGUCCUCCUUUCAAACCUAGCGGCAACCCUACUUCGCCCACAAAGACAGGGCCUCCCUCCAAAUCAAACCCAGACUACCAUUUCCCGGCUGCAGCAGAACCGAGCCUCAAAAGCCGAGCGGAUAAAAUUGGCCCCAUCAGUGCAGUACCAGACAAGGGGCCCAGAAGCGACCUCGAAAACGCCCCCCUGACAGACGAGAACCGCCCAGGGGAUCCCCCGGGGGCUCUGCAGCGCGAGGUGGAGAGAGCGGUUAUGGAAGCGCUCCGGGCCGCAGAGGAGCGGUGCGAUCGGGCGGUGGCGGCGGCCGAGGCGCGGGGGAAACAGGCGCUCGCGCAGGCGGAGCUGGACCGAGAGAGGGCGGUCAGGGUGGCGACCAUGGAUCUGGAGGCGCGGCUACGGAAGGAGUUUGCUGGGGAGAAGCGCGCCAUAGCGGAGACGGCUGCUGCCGAAGCGAUGGAGGCCGCUGUGGUGGCCGCAGUGGAGGAGCAGGAGUCUCUGCACCGCCAAAUCGAUCAGCUGCAGGCCGCCGUCCGGCGGUACAAGUCGGGCGUCCGAAGCGAAUCCGAGCCCGUCCGAACCGCGUCCGGCAGUAAGGCACACGUGGCAGCCGCUCGGAGGCAAGCCGUGCUGAAGCGGGUGCCGCUAAUGGUGAGGAAAGAUGGGAGGACUGGGGUCGGGAACGGAACGGAAGGAGGGAGUGUAAGCGGAGCGGAAAAGCGAACGGAAACGGAAAUGCAAAGCAGGGGUACGGGUCAGAAUCCCAGAGUCGUCGUUACUGAGGUCUUCAGGAAAGGGAGCUCGGGAGAAGAGCCGGUGAAACAGGGAGCGAGGCCAAGGCGGGAGGAGCUAUUUCAGCGGUCGGAUAGCCUCGCCAACGAAAACGAACGGCUGAGAAAAGCUCUCGACAAGUGCGUCGCUGGGCGGCUUGUUCGCGACAUCGGUCAAACUGUUCAGGCAACGAACGGCGAUGCGACGCUGAGUCCCAGGGGGAUGGCGUACGUCCAGUCAGAUGACGACACGUGGGACUCGGACGGGGAGCUUUCCGGACGGUUCCUGCGAGCUGAGGCUUCGGACACCGUUGUGAGCGGUGCGGGGACAGGCGCCCGCGCGGCAAGGAGAGGGCGGGAGAUUGAGCAGAGUCCCUCUCUUGGAGAGGGCGACCAGACGGGCCGAGAUCAGGGCAGCGCUGGUCGCGGGAAGAAGGGUAACGGAGAGGGCGCAAUCUCCCCCGCAGAGAGAUCACCUGUGAGAAAUACCUGCCGGGUCAGUCGUGGCUUAGCGCUAUCUACCACGUUUCCGGCCGUGAAAAUACAGGAAGCUUCGUUCUGA